ACAACAAUUGCUACAAAAUGAUCAAUUACUGUAGCAUGAGAAGAAGCAUUGACUGUAACAUUUUACCCAAAGUUAUACAAAACAAUAUAUAAAACAAAUAUAAAUUAGCAAUGUAAUGGAGUUGGAUAAAAAAGUACUUUACGCUUUUUAAAUUGAAACAUUAAUUAGAAUUUUAUAAAUAUAAUCAAUAAAAAUAUUUACUCUGAACAAAACUCAUUAUUUUUAUCCUAUUGCACAGAAGAAAAAAGAAAGCAUUAGGUAAUGUAGAAUUAAUUCUGUUCUGAUUAAUGAUUUGGACAUUAUAUUGUGAAAAGAAUAAUCCACACAUUCGCUAGUUUAAGACUAUACAGAAGAUCACAAGUGUGAGAGGGAGAGAAAGAAGAGAGGAUCUAAUUUAAAAAUAAUGAUAUAUACUGAAAUCUCUUCACAAUAACUAAUAUGUAAAUCUCUGGAAGCGGAUUAAAAAUAUAACGGUCUUACUUUUAUUAUCCAUGUGAUGAUAGAUGCAUUAUUUUCGGUAAAUUGUAUAUACAUAUAAAAGCAUUUUCUCGAGAUGCUGAAUUAUUUUUUUUAGAAUAAUACCUGUGUGCAAGAUCCCGUAUCAGAUAGCGUAUGUAUGCACGAUUGUCCCGUGACAAUUGAUCAUUAACAAUGGCAGAAAUUGAGUGGCCAUGGCAAUACAGUUUUCCUCCGUUCUUUACACUUCAACCUCACACGGAUACUAGAGCCAAACAAAUAGCGGCCUGGAAGAAUUUAGUACUCGAGUACUAUCGUAUCACAAAGCAGGCUAUCGUGGACGUGCGAGAAGUGCACACAAAUCCUCUGUUCAAUAACAUCAAUAUAAAUAGAAGAUUGCCAUCUGAAGCUGUGUUAAUAAUAUUAGAAGAAUUGGGAAAAUCAGGAAACGCAUCUCCAUUGGAUAAAAGCAAACAGAGAUGGUUGGUUUAUUGGCAUACUUUAGAAGAAUGGGGUGAUAUAAUAUAUAAUUGGGCACAGGAGAAUGGUUUUAUUGGAUCUGUGUGCACAUUAUUCGAAUUAACACAAGGAGAAGACACAAUUGAGCAAGAAUUCCAUGGUCUCGACAUAGAAGUAUUAAUAAGAUCAUUGAGGACACUGGAAGUUGCCAGAAAAGCAGAAUUAAUCUUAUUUGAUGAUAAUCAAGGUGUCAAAUUCUUUUAACCUUUGGAAAGAAUUACAAAAGUGUUGCCGAAAAAUCGCGACUAUAGAUAUAUACGAAAUAAAUUGAACUCUGCUAUAACUUAUAAAUAUCUGCAUUUAGAUGUGUUUUUGUCAAAUUUAUGAAUACACAAGGAAUGUAAAGAAAAUAUUGUUAAAUAUAAGGUAAUUUUGUUUAUAAA